GGGCGUCCCAUCAAUCUCGAGAUCGAAACACAUCUUCAAUUCUGUGUAGCGGGAUUCGUGUGUUAGCCGCACGAGGCGCUCUGACUGCGGCUGUCUUCGAAGCCGCUGGCUUAGAAAUCGCUGUGCAAAUGGAUUGCGGGGCAUCAACCAGCGCUGUUGGCUAUAACAGACAGACAGACCAUCGAACAGCUGCGAUGGUCUUCAAGCUCAUUCAUCAAUCACGGUGUCUCGCCAUUAUACAACUCGACCAAAGUAGACCAACCCAAGGCUAGAACUCCCUCUACCCUUAACACCACAUCACCAUCACAAUGGCCUCUGUCCUCAUUACUGGUGCCUCUCGAGGCUUGGGUCUCGCCCUCACUCGUGAGCUUGCUUCUCGCCCGGCCUCUGCCGUCAGCAAAAUCUUUGCAGCGAUCCGAGGAGAUGCCCCAGCAGCCCUGAAUGAACUCGUGCAGAAGUCGCCUGACCGGGUGUUCGUUGUCAAGCUGGACGUCACGGAUCAAAACUCGAUCAAGAAGGCGGCAGUCGAGGUCGAAACCAAGCUGGGAGGCAAGGGGCUGGACGUCUUGAUCAACAACGCCGGAGUGUGCCAAUAUGCGUUUAACGGGGUCAAGUCGAUGGACAACCUCGAAGAAAGCUUCGCUAUCAACGUCAUGGGCGUCCACUGGACGACUCGGGAGUUCCUGCCCCUUCUCCAGAAGGGCACACUGAAGAAAGUGGCCAACAUGUCGACCACCAUGGGCUCCAUCACGCUGGCGCGGGCCGCCUCCGCACUCCCUGCCCCCGCCUACAAGAUCUCGAAGGCAGCCAUGAACGCGCUUACCGUGCAGUAUGCGCUUGAGUACGAAAAGGAGGGCUUCUCCUUCAUUGCCCUCUGCCCUGGCUGGCUGAAAACCGAUCUGGGAGGCGGUGACAUGGCUGAUUUAACGGCCGAGGAGGGCGCCAAGGCCUCGUUGGACAUCAUCUUCAAGGAGGGCCAGGAGUAUAACGGACAGAUGCCCAAGGUGUUUGUUAAGGGGUGGGAGGUGCCAAAGGAAGGAAAGUGGAACGUCUAUGACGGGACCAAUGCCCCGUGGUAAUCUGCGUUCCGACCGCUCCCACCAUGUACGUACCGUAGGUAGUGAGCUCACAGUAUGACGUGGUAAUUGGAAGGAAGGAUGCGAGAUAUUUCAGCAGGGUAAUUCCCACUGCU